CAUGCAAUCCGUUUGCUAUUUCGCCAUUGGUGCAGUUUAAAAGGUCUAGUCUACUGAAUCAAAACGCAUAUUCCAAUCAGUAUUUUCUCAGACGUCGAAUCAAACUGAACUCUUCACACCGAUAGCUUAUAUAAAUAUAUAUCUCAGAAAAAUAUAAUUUUAAAGUGAACGAUGGCUACAAUAGACCUAGUACCGUUCGAGGAGGAGCUGAAGAAGAAUCCCGAAUUGAAAGAGUCAGAUAUACAAAUGUUGAGAGAAUGGUGCGAAAAGCAACCUCAUCUGCCCAAACUAUCAGAUAGCGAAUUAGCAUUGUUCUUGCAUAGCAAUUAUUAUCGUCUCGAACCGACGAAAACUUCUAUCGAUACUUUCUUCACGGUCAGAAGUCACGUACCCGAGUUCUUCUGCAAUCGAGAUCCUAUUAACAACAAGGAUCUUAAAAAAUCAAUUGAAACAGUGACAGAUCAAAUUCUGGAUGGAACUACUAAAGAAGGCUACAAAAUCAUUUACGGAAGACUCCUGGAUAGCGAUCCAUCACAUUUCGUUUACAAUGACGCUAUGAAAUUGCUAAAUAUGGUAAUCGAUCUGUGGCUCUAUACGGAAGGCACUACCUCUGGCCACAUAAUAUUAUUCGACAUGAAGAACGUUUCUUUUGGCCACGUCGGUCGUUUGAGCCCUAUGGGCCUAAAGAAAUUCCUUUACUAUUUGCAAGAGGGAUUACCUGUUAGAUUGAAGGGCUUCCAUUUCAUGAAUGCUUCUCCAGUAUUAGAUGUUAUCUUGAAUAUGAUGAGACCUUUCAUGAAAAAGCAGCUAUUGGAUAUGCUUCAUAUGCACAGCACGACUGACACUCUAGAAAAAUUCAUACCGCUCGAAGUUCUUCCGAAUGAGGCAGGUGGUCAAGCUGGUCCUAUACAGGAUUUACAUAACAAACAAGUGAAAAAACUGGAAGCUCACAUUCCUUGGUUUCAAGAAGAAGAAGCUACUAAACGUGUCAAUGAAUCACUACGACCGGGCAAGGCAAAGACAGCAACAGAUUUGUUUGGCGUUGAAGGAAGCUUCAAGAAGCUCGAGAUUGAUUGAUCGAAUAAUCAGAUCUGGUACUUAACAUCGAUGGUACAUUACUUUUUAAGAAUACGAUAACAGUACAGUUUUCGAAAAUAUUAUACUAUUUUACAUUUAUUAACAUAAUAUUGAGUCAAAUUUAAAUUAAUAACAUAAAAAAUAUAGUAUUGUAAUAAUAUUGUAUUAUAGUAAUAACUAUACUACAGUUGUUGAUUAGAUUAGUCAUUAGAUUAAGUCUGUAAUAAAUAGAUUUAUCAUAAUUAUAUGUACUUCACAUUUACUUAAUUAAAUAAUUAAAUUUCUUAUUUGCGUUUUUUCGAUUGUCGCGCGUUCAGAUACGUGUGUCUGAAUAUUUUUCCGUGCAACAAUCGAAUUUAGUUAUUAAUCCCAAUAUUUAAUAACAGAUUUGAGAACAAAAUUAUUUAAUUUCUAAAUUUAUGUUAAUUUCUAAAAAGAUUAAUGUCGAAUUCAAGUUAAGAAAGUGUUAUUCUCAUUUAGAAUAAUUCUGAACGUCCUAGUUUUAAUAAAAUGUAAAACAAACGUUGCCAUCUUUAUCUUACCCAACAAAUAAAUGAGAUAAUUAUAAAUUUAA